AACCAGAGAGAACCCACGCAGACACGGGGAGAACCUGCAGACUCGAUCACGUAAAAUUUAAAACAAAAUCAAAUAAAAUCGGACUUAUUUAGAUUAAAAAAAUACACGACAGUAACUUUAAGUGAAUCGUUUUAUUCAAUUAAAUUAUUUUCGGCUGUAAUAUUUCUAUGAACCGGACGUGACGACACCCGUCCAACCCCCGUCGCUCGUCGCCACAGCAACGCGUCAACACCGUGCAGCGUCCGGCGGUUUACCGGAGACACGCCGCGUCAUGACCCGGUUCUUCACCCCCGCGGAGGUGUCCGCUCACAACAGCGAGGCCGACCUGUGGCUCUCGUUCCUGGGCAGAGUGUGGGACGUCACCCCGCUGAUGGACCUCCACAGAGGUGACGUUCUGCUCUUACCCAUCAUGGAGGCCGCAGGUAAAGACAUCAGCAGCUGGUUUGACCCGAAGACCCAAGACGUCCGGAGAUAUGUGGACCCGUUGACUACCUGUGAGAGGUACUACACCCCCAGGGGCCGCUUUGUGCACGUCCCCCCCGCUGCCCCCCGCUCCGACUGGGCCACAGAGGUUGCUCCCACCUGGUGGAGGGACGAGCGCUACCAGGUGGGACUGCUGACCGCCAAGACCAGGUGGAUACGAGUCAUCAACACGCUGACCUCCCAGGAGCAGAGGCUGCAGGUGUGUUCGGAGGAGACGAUGGCCGAGAUCCUCCAGCGUUACCUGCGUUACAACUCUCACGCCCGCAGCUACACCUGGAAAUACGGCGGCGUGAUUCUGGACAUGAACCAGACGCUUGACGAAAACAACGUCCCAGACGACGACCACGAACUGCAACACCUGAGGCUGGACCGAGACCUCUUCUCCCCUGCCCUGCUCCUCUACUUCAACGAUGACCUCACAGAGAGCUGAGCUGUGACGUCAUCAUGGCAGACCUCAUUAAAGAGUUACUCUGUUGAAAUGAAUUUGCCUGGAAUCUCAGAAUUAUUAACAAAAGAAAUGAUUUUGAAUCUGACUUCAGGCUUAAACUUGAUUGGUUGAGCUUAAAUGAAAGAAAACACCGUAAAGUCAAAUGAAUCUGCUGCGGCUACAUUAGCUGCUGCUAGCAUUACACACCCACACAGGUCAGAGGGAUGGAGCUUUGUUGGUAUUAGCAUCUAGCUACCUCACAUAUGUCACGCAUGUGAUAUUCCAGCUACAGAUAAACGGUCAGAUCGGUUUGAGGAAGCUUCGCCGAGUAUCUGUUUCCCCUCCAAUAAACAUCAGCCCCAUGAAAGUCCAGAGAAAACUCUCUGUUGGAAUGUAGGACGUGGGAUGUGUGAGUUUACCAUCGAGCAGGUCAGAUUAGGACUUGUUUUUAAUGUAUGUAUAUUACAUUAUAUAUACAUUGAUGGGUUUUUUAAAAUUCCUGCAGCGGAGGAAUUUCCCCUGAAUGGGUCGUAGAUGCUAACAUGCUAACGUGCUAACAGCACUUUGAAGGGACCCGCUGGCUGAUCUGUGACUGUAGAUUAGUGUGUGAGACUCACUGUCCUCAUCCUGAAAGGACAGUAUCACCAUGAUGUCCUCCUGUCUGUCCCACUGUCUCUCUUGUCUCAUUCAUCAACCCUCUGACAGUUGAAGUCCCAUCAACUGAUAUGAAAAAGUGAUGAGUUGUCCUUCUACCUGUCUCUCUACCUGGUUAUCUCUCUGCCCGUCUGUCUGUCCGUCUCUCAGAGCCGACUCCUGUCUACUUCUCAGAAGUCUCCUCGUCUAACGGCAGCAAUCAUUCUAGUAGUGAGACACACACAGACACACACACACAGACACACUACUUGAUCAUUCUACAUUGACGUUUUUGAUUCAAAUGAACUCUCUCAAUAACCCUAAUAAAAUACACC